GCCCAUUUGGAUUUUCAGUCAAAUCAGGUCUCCAAGAUGAGGAUGGGAAUGCGUGUUCUUGCUCUUCUUUGUGUUUAUGGGUUUGCUUGGGGAGUUGCUGCUGAUAAGAAUGUAAGAACUGAGCGAAUUUCAGGAAGUGCUGGAGAUGUAUUGGAGGAUAAUCCCGUUGGGAGGUUGAAAGUUUAUGUAUAUGAGCUGCCUAGCAAAUACAACAAGAAACUCCUUCAAAAAGAGCCAAGAUGUCUCAACCAUAUGUUUGCUGCUGAGAUCUUUAUGCAUAGGUUCCUCUUAUCCAGCGCGGUUAGAACCCACAAUCCGAAUGAAGCAGAUUGGUUCUACACUCCUAUAUACACAACUUGUGAUCUUACCCCUACUGGCUUACCAUUGCCUUUCAAAUCACCAAGGAUGAUGAGAAGUGCAGUGCAGCUCAUAUCUAGGAACUGGCCUUAUUGGAAUCGAACAGAGGGAGCUGAUCACUUCUUUGUUGUGCCCCACGACUUUGGAGCCUGCUUCCAUUACCAGGAGGAGAAAGCUAUUGACAGGGGAAUUCUUCCAUUACUCCGGCGUGCAACAUUGGUUCAAACCUUUGGACAGCGGAACCAUGUAUGUUUGAAAGAGGGUUCAAUCACAAUUCCUCCAUAUGCUCCACCACAAAAGAUGCAGACACACCUGAUUCCUCAGGAAACUCCGAGGUCCAUCUUUGUCUACUUCCGUGGUCUCUUUUAUGACAUUAAUAAUGAUCCUGAAGGUGGUUACUAUGCCAGAGGUGCAAGGGCAGCUGUUUGGGAGAAUUUCAAGAACAACCCUCUCUUCGACAUCUCAACUGAUCACCCAACAACCUAUUAUGAAGACAUGCAACGAUCUAUAUUCUGUUUGUGUCCUCUCGGAUGGGCUCCAUGGAGUCCGAGGCUAGUUGAAGCAGUGGUAUUCGGUUGCAUUCCUGUUAUUAUAGCUGAUGACAUUGUGUUACCCUUUGCUGAUGCCAUACCAUGGGAAGAAAUUGGAGUUUUUGUAGCCGAGGAAGACGUCCCUAACUUGGACACAAUUCUCACUUCUAUUCCACCAGAAGUGAUUUUAAGGAAACAAAGAUUGCUUGCAAAUCCCUCAAUGAAAUGGGCCAUGAUGUUCCCACAACCAGCACAGCCAGGAGAUGCAUUCCACCAGAUACUUAACGGCCUAGCUCGAAAACUACCUCAUGACAAGAGUGUUUACUUAAAGACUGAUCAAAAGAUUUUGAACUGGACAGCAGGUCCACUGGGAGACUUAAAACCUUGGUAAUCAAAGCGGUAUAUUAUUUGUGCAAGAGUUGCACUGUAUCAUGUCCAGUCCUGAGUAAUGUGAUUGAAUAUAAGUUGGAAUGUACUAAAUAUGUAAAUUUUUGUUCUUCCUUCCUGAUUUUUGUAUAGGAGUUGUUGGCAUUAAGAAAAUCCUUUCUGCUGAAUUAGUUGAUGCAUUGGAUAUACCUUC